AUGGAAGCUAACACCAUGCUCAACGCCGAACUUGACGGCAAGACCGAGGAGGUCAACAGCCUCAACUCUUAUAUUGGGGGCAAAGCAACCGAUGUGAGCGGGUACGCGGACGACAUAGACGGGAUACGAGAGAGAGUGGAUGCUGUCAACGCGAAGGUGGAAAAUUUGGAAGGGGCGAAUGUUGUACCCAAUGCUGCUUACGUUGAUGAAAAUGGGGAAUUGCAUGGGAAAGCCAUUGUAUAUAAUACUCUCAAGACGGACGCAAACGGCAAACGCUAUGAUGUCAUUGAGGGUCAAUUCAUUUACGCCCCCGGCAAAGCGGAAAACGAAGACACCGAGGUACACGCAAACCUUGAGGCAUGCUUAACCGCUCACGGUUUGACCGCCGUUGAAGCCUAA